GCACCAAAUGUGGAGAAUUUCUUUAGCCAUAGCACCUGAAGGAGAAAAAAAAAAGCUGAAAAGUUCACACCACAGAAAGACCUCACAAGUGCAACAAAUACGGAAAUAUUUUCUGUCAUAGGUCAGCUCUGAUUGAGCACUGGACCUUCACAGCCCAGAUAAACCCAAGAGUGCGGCGAAUGCAGGAAAGCGUUCAGCUGAAGGUAAAACCAUAUUGGUCACUAGAAAGUUCAUACUGGAGAAAGAUCUUCAAACGAGAUGGAGAGAGAAGCCAAUGAGCUGUCUCCUUAAUGAAUCCAUCUUACUGAACAGGCACUAUGAGGGCAUCAUCAGCUGAAAGCUAAUGCCAUCCAUGUGCACAGCCCUGGUGUGCAGAGGGCCUGUGGAUACUCGGUUCUCUGGAAGCUUUAAGGAGCUAAGAUCUACUUCCUUACCUGUGCAGCAGCCUUGCCAGACUUCAUGUCACUUUCUGUAAUACAAGCCCAAGAAUGUGUUGUUUGUCAGCUUCUGUUCAUCCUUGGGGCAUGUUUCAAGGUCACCCGAUGUGGACGUGGGAAGACAGAAAGAAGUUUGUACCUAGGUUGAGGAUGGUGACUACAUGCUGACCACAAGCACAUUGACCUGAGCCUUCCUGGAACCAUAAGGUUGCUGAUGAAGAUUCCUGAAGCAUUGCCUUGUUAACUUACUACCAACCAAUCAGAAGAAAGUAGGUGAGUGCAAACAGGUUCAGUUCAGUAACACACUACACUGUUUAAAAUAUCUGCUAGCUGCAACUUUGCAGUUUCAACAUUCUCCCUUGUAACUGUACAGCCAUUUCAGACCCAAACCAAUCUUUGCUUUGCAAGUACCCUUGACUUCCUUGGUGGCCCAGUGGUUAAGAAUCCAGCUGCCAGUGAAGGGGACACAGGUUUGAUCCCUGCUCCAGGAAGAUUGCACAUGCUGCAGGGCAACUAAACACAUGAGCCACAGCUAUUGAGCCCAUGCCCUAGAAAUCAUGCUCUGCAAGAGCAGCCACUGCAGUGAGAAGCCCACACACCGCAACUGCAAUAGCCCCCACUUUCCACAACUGGAGAAAGCCCACACAUAGCAACGAAGACUCCGUGAAGCCAUCAAUAAAUAAAUAGAAGCACUGUUGAUUGUUGCCAGCUCCAAUUUUAAUUCUUCGCAAACAACUUAUGGAAACAACUCUGGCCUUUAUUUUUUGCCAUUAUAAGCUUUCUCCAUUUUUCAGUUCAAGGUCAAACAAUUCAAGUGCUUCUUGCAUCUCUGUCUCCUGGGCUGCUGUCCUAACAAGCCCUCAAUAAAUGCUUAUUUAGUUCAAUUAGGUCUUCAUUUCUGAAAUUUUGGUUAAUGCUUAGUAAUAAAAGUAUUAUGUAAUUGACUAUGUUGUCAUUAAUUUUUACUGUCCAUUGCCUUUAACUUGAAUGAUAGCCUCAUGAAAGCUUUAGUCUCUGACUCUGUGGCCCUUGAUGUGUGCCAUGCAGCCAAAUUAGUACCUGUAAUUGGAUAGAUAGUUAAUAUCUGUUUUUUUAAAAAGGGAGUAAAUAUGAUGCUAUAGAUACUUUGUUUUUAAGUAUUCUGGCAAAGCUGUCUGCUCUGUUUUCAUAGCCCUUCCAGGUGUACUUAAAAUUUUUUAAAAUAAAUUAAUAGAUCACAUGUUACAAAACUAUAAUCACAGGUUGGCAAAGUUUCCUAGGUAACUGUGAGCUCUGCUUCAUUCCCUUACUUCUCAGAAAUCAUUGUGUCUAGGGACCUUGCUGAGAUCUAAACGUUCACAUGGUGAAAAGUGAUUUUGACCACUAACUGAGUAAUAAAAUAAUGAUCGGUUUCAGCAGUUAUAACACUUCACAAAUAUUUUCAACUCUUCUUGCAUUUUUACUGCAGUUGCUGGUGAAAUUAUAUUGUCCCCAGCCAGGAAAGAGGAUCUUGUAAUCCAAUCCUUUAUCUCAGGCUUCAGUUGCCCCCUUUGGAAAUAUACUAGGACUGAGACUAUGCAGCCACUGUCCGGGGAGAAAAUAGCAAGCAGGAAGUCACUUUUCAGAUAGGUAGGUCUUAGCUGCUAGAAAAGUACUGAAUACACAUCAAAAUGUGAAGUAAGAAAUAUGUGUCAGGUCUUGGAUUGGACAUUUUCACUUGGUUUACAUUUCUUCUGAGGCAUCCAGAGACGCAGCACGUGGCCCGCUUGCUUCUGGUUACCCAUCACCCCUCCUCUGUCUUGCUUGCUAUGGCUCUGUCUUCACUCUCUGCUUCCGUGACCAUGACCAAACACAGUGACACUCAUAAAUCUAAAGCUUCAGCAUACAGGUAUUGGUAGAGCAAUAAGAUAGUUUAUUAGAUGCACUUUCUGUCUGAGUGACAACCUGGUAUCAUGUGCCCAUUUGCUCUUUAGGUUUGAGAGACAUCUGAGAUACUGUAUCUGGGUUCCUCUCAUUUUUUUUAUUUUGACUGCCUCAGGUCUUAGUAGUGGCAUGUGGACUUCGUUGACCAUGGACUUGGUUGCCCCUCCGCGUGUGGAAUCUUCCGGGACCAAGGAUCCAACCCCAGCUUCCCCUGCAUUGCAAGGCAGAUUGUUUACCACUGGGCCACCAGGGAAGUCCCAAUAUCUGGGUUCCUCCCUCUGAUCAGCACAGACUACAUUCCACAGAAAUCUGUGUGUGUCCCCUGUAAGUAGUGUGUUCCAAGGAAAUCUGGGUGCGUCCCCUUUAAGAAGGGUGAACCCCGUCAGUAUUCGGAGCCUUAGGGUGAGGCUGAAUUUUCCCUGACUUGGGUGGCAGCGCCCCUUGCAGUGCACUGGAGCGAUGUUAACUACAUUACCCGGAAUGCAAGGCGCGGUGCGUAUGGGUCGCUGGGCCAACUGAAAGCUCAGGACUGAGGCACUUCCGUUGUAGAGGACGGCGUCCGGGCGGGUCUUCCGGCGUCCAGAGAGGCGACAUUUUUAAACUCUGAUCUGGUAGCUGCUGGGGAAGUUUGGGUCUUAAAGGGCCCCAGGUAAAGACGCUGUGACCGCUAAUCUGAGGAGGGUCUGAGGCUGCGUGGCGCCAUCCAGCCUGAUUCUGACUUGGGUCCGGGACAGGCGCCGCCGUGCCCGGGCCCCACCGCUCUCAGGCUCUGCUGAGACGGCCAGCUGACAGAUCCGCUUGAGGUAAACGCUGCCCUCUCCGGGCCCUCAGCCAACUCUUAACCAUUCUGAGGUAUUUUUGUUCUUAUCUGUGUUCUCUUACUAGUGUCCUCUGUGUGUGUGUAUUUCUUUCCCCAAACCUCUGUUUUUCUAAUUUUGAAAUAUCUGCGUGGGAAAAAAAAUUGCUGAGAUCUUCCACCUGCAGUUGAAAAAGCAGCUGUUAUUAAUAGCCGUUCACUGGUCACGUCGAGAAACGAGAUACAAGUAGGACCCAAAAGCCGCCUGUGGAGGUUCUGCCAAAACAAUUAUCCUGUCUCCCAAAUGUUAAGGCGUUGUCUGAUGUUUCAGCUGGUGGAAAUUAAAGUUACAUUGCCCUGCUCUUUCCACGUUCAGCGGAACCACUUAUGGACUGUUCACUGGGCCGUGUGACCUUUGACGAUGUGGCUGUGUACUUUUCCCAAGAGGAAUGGAGGCUCCUUGGUGAGGCCCAGAGACUCCUGUACCAUGAUGUUAUGCUGGAGAACUUCGCACUGGUUGCAUCCCUGGGGUGUUGGCAUACAGCAGAGAAUGUUUCUGUAGAAGUGCCACAGAGAAAUACCAAAAAGACAGACCUGUCCAGCCAGAAGAUCUGUCCCUGGGAGAUGGGUAACCUGGCCUUAGAAGGUGGUUUGUGUGUACCCGAGGUCCUGCGAACAAACCCUGGCCAGACACUGUGUGGGACAGAUGUGAAAUCCCACCAGCAUGGUGGAGAGAAACUCAUGAGAAGAGAUUUGGGUAAGGCCUUAAUGAAAAACUGCACAGUCCAUGCAUUGGAGAAGGCUUCUGUGUGCCAGGAGGCGAGGAAGGAUUUCCCUGGUAGCUCUGGCUAUGUCCAGCACCAGGUUAAACCACAAAUGAUGGAGUUUGUAGCAGAGUUUCACAAUGGAGAAAAGCGUUUCAAGUGCAAUGAAUGUGGGAAACUCUUCUACCGGAAGUCUAGGCUUGCUCAGCACCAUCGAGUCCACACCGGAGAGAAGCCCUAUGGAUGCAGUGAGUGUGGGAAAGUCUUUAGAUGCAGCUCCAGCCUUGCUAUACAUAGAAGAAUUCACACAGGGGAGAGGCCUUAUGAGUGUAGAGAAUGUGGAAAAUUCUUUAGGCAACACUCCCAGCUUGUUGUGCACCAGAGAAUUCACACUGGAGCCAGACCAUAUGAGUGCAGUGAAUGUGGGAAAACAUUCAGUACUAAAACCAAACUUGAUCAGCACCGGCGAGUCCACACCAGAGAGAGGCCUUAUGAAUGUGCUGAAUGUGGGAGAACUUACACCUGUAAACGCAUGCUUGAGCAACACCAGAGAGUCCACACUGGAGAGUGGCCUUAUGAGUGCAAUGAGUGUGGGAAAGCCUUUAGGUACUUCUCCAGCCUUUUUAUGCAUAGAAGAAUUCACAGUGGGGAAAGGCCUUAUGAGUGUAGUGAAUGUGGGAAGUCUUUUAGGCAAAAGGCCCACCUUCAAGGCCACCAGAGAAUUCACAGUGGAGCAAAGACUUUUGAGUGCAGUAAAUGUGGGAGAUGUUUUAGCCAAAAGUCUGUUCUUACUAAACACCAGAGAGUUCACACUGAAGAAAGACCUUAUAAGUGUAGUGAAUGUGCGAAAUGCUUUAGGGAUAGAACUAGUCUCAUUAAGCACCUGAAUUUACACUGGAGAAAAGUCACCUGAGUGCACCAAAUGUGGAUAAGUCUUUAGCCAAAGCACCUGAAAAGAAAAUUUCACACCACAGAAGGGCCUCACAAGUACAGUAUUGUGGAAACUUGGUGGUUUGUCUUUUUUUUUUUUUCUGGUCAAACGUCUACUCCAAGCACCAGAACCACUGUGGCACAGGUAGACCCAAGAAUACAGAGCAUGUGGGAAAGUUUCCGCUGAAGGUCUAACCUCAUCUAUCACCACAAAGUUCAUACUCAAGAAAGGCCUUCAAACCAGAGGAAGAGACCAGCAAAUGAGCUGUGUCCUUAGUGAAUACAUCUUACUGAACAGGCUCUGUAAGGGAAUCAUCACCUGGAAGUUGAAUGCCAUCCAUCUGCACAGCCCUAGUAUGGAUAUAGCCUGUGGGUACCCAAUUCAUUGGAAGUUUCUAAGAAGCUAAGAUCUACUUCCUAACCUGUGCAGCGGCCUUGCCAGAUUUCUGGUCAUUGUGAGUUUCUUCCACCAAGUGGCAGAUCCUCAUAUGGGCGUCAGUCCCCUCAGUGUGAUCAGGGUAGAUAGACCUUUGUGCUCUCCUGUUCCUUGAAGGAAAGCACAUGUAACCUGAGCACUUGGGUGGUGUCAUGCUCUUAGAUCCUAUCAACUGCCUAGGAAAGGAACUAAGCAGCUUUGACCUUGCACAUGCACUCUGGGUUCUGAUGGUUGCUGACAGAGGUUUACUUUCUUUGAUGGCAUUGAGUCAUGUCAUGCUUAUGACAUGUUUCUAGCUUCAAGUCACCCUACUUGACAAGUGCUUUCUUCUAAGCAAUUCUCUUUUCUUUUAAUAAAUAAAAACUUUUUAAAGCCA